CAGCAAUCAGAGUGAGAGAGAGAUAAAGAGGGAGCGAGGAAGUGAAAACUGAACUCAGUUUGAUUUUAGUCAGUUUAGUCUGGACUGAGCAGAAGGAACUCUUCUUCUUCUUCUUCUUCUUUGUUGAGUUUGGAAGGAUUUAUUUUAAGAGGAAGUGACAGACAAAGACAGAAAAACUCAAACAGACCAAAAACAGCAGAAUCAUCUGAGGACCUCGAACACUUUCACGUCCCCUCUCAGCCCAGCUUCACAACUUCAGCAACAAAGAUUCUGGACUCCAGAAUUCAGGACUUUUGAACAAGUUUCUGAAUCCGAGCAGCUUCCAAACAGGGAUCUUCUGGAAUCAGUUUUGAAGCUACAGAAAGUUCUAGAAAUACUACUGCCUCCAGAUUUUUCUCUAAAUUUGGGAAGUGGUUUAGAGGUAGCAGUCCAUAAGAAUUUUUGUAAUUCAGUGAAGGGUUCCAGGAUGGGGCACAGAAUUUCCUCCAUGCCCUUUGGGUUCAUCCUGCUGCUGAUUGUCUGGUGUUUGUCCUUUAUUGAUCCAGCUGUCUGCCAACACAUCCCCACAUCAGAGCCAUCUUUCUCAAAUCUGGUGAUGUCUGAUCUGCCAGGCUUCCACAGCACUGACCAACCUCUAGACCCAGGCUUGCAUCAUUUGCAAUAUAAUGCGAAGAAGAGCGGUCAUGGAAAGCAACACUUCCAAAAGCUGAAGCAACCGUCCACCAACGCAUCUACGGUGGUUAGGUGCUCAAUCAAUGUGAAAAUGAAAGCAACCUUCAGGUACAUCAAUGCCGUGCUUUCCUGUUUGAUCUUUAUUGUGGGAAUCAUUGGCAAUGCCACCCUGCUGAGGAUUAUCUCCCAAAACAAAAGCAUGAGGAAUGGACCCAACGCUCUCAUAGCCAGCCUCGCCCUCGGGGACCUGAUAUACAUCGCAAUAGUCAUGCCGAUCCAUGUCUAUAAGCCCUUGGCGAUGAGGUGGCCCUUUGCCGAGAAUGACUUUGGGCUGUUCCUCUGCAAGCUGGUUCCCUUUGUGCAGAAAGCUUCAGCCGGCAUCACCGUCCUCAGCCUGUGCGCUCUGAGUGUGGACAGGUACCGAGCGGUGGCAUCCUGGUCACGGGUGCAGGGCACGGGUCUCCCCACGGUAACAGCGGUGGAGAUUGUGGCGAUCUGGGUGCUGUCGGUGGUGCUGGCUGUGCCGGAUGCUGUCACCUUCACUAUGGUCCCUUCCACAUACAACAACCAUAGCUUCAAUGUCUGCAUGUUGUCACACAGGAACACACCCUUCCUGGAAUACUACAUCAAAGCCAAGGACUGGUGGUUUUUUGGUUUCUACUUCUGCAUCCCUCUGGCCUGCUCAGCCAUUUUCUACAGCCUCAUGACCUGCGAGAUGAUCCAACACGAGAAAGAAAGUCUGAAGAUCUCGCUGACCGAGCACCUCAAGCAGCGGAGAGAAGUCGCUAAAGUCGUGUUCUGCCUGGUGUUGAUCUUCGCCUUGUGCUGGUUUCCUCUCCAUCUGGGUCGCCUGCUGAAGAAGAUCAUCUAUGAUCGAGACCUCAGUGAGCAGCGAUGUGAACUCCUGAAUUUCCUGUUGGUCCUCGACUACAUCGGCAUCAACAUGGCCACCAUCAACUCCUGCAUCAAUCCCAUAAUCCUCUUCUUUGUGUCCAAGAAGUUCAAAAACUGCUUCAAGUCCUGUCUGUGCUGCUGGUGUUACUCUGGCUCUCUCUCUAACAGCAUGCUGCCUCUCCACCACGGGACGAGCCUGCAGUACAAACACACUGACCACUGAGCGAGCAGGACACUCGCCUCCAUCUGCAGCUCUGAGCGCUGAACCAGCAGCCACACAGAGACACUGACUGUGUGUGAAAUACAGCACAGAGUACACCAGCGCUUUCAUGUGUAGUCUUUACCUUUAUUAGUACAUUUAUUCAAUUCUGUAUUAUAUUAUGUGUUUUAUAUGUGAUAUAGUUAUACUAUGUGUCAGACCUUAUAGCUGCAGUGUAGUGAAGUUUAAAUGUUUAGUGACAAGUAGAGAGUUCCUUCAAAAAUAAGAAUAGAAAAAGGUUUUCCUAAACCCUGAGCUCCGAAUUCAACCUCAUCCAACACCUUUGGGAUGAACUGGAAAGCCAAACAAGCCGGACCUCAUCACCCAAGGUCUGUGUUGGACCUCUUGUGGCUAAACAAAGUAUUACAUUAAUUAUGACAACAUAAAUAAUGUGUUUUUGUGCCCUUUAACAGACAAAAUACACUUUUUUCUUUUCCUAUGGAUAAAAGAUUUUUACAGGAAAAAGUUUCUUUCAUUUUCAUUUGAAAGAUA